GAUUUUCUUUUGGAAGGGACAGCGGUGUAUAUCGGCACCCUUUCUGCCAAGUCAGCAGCGGGAGCCCCUACGACAGUGCAAGUUGUCGCCAUAGGUGUGUUUGAAGGUCAGCUGCUCGUUUGCCUUCCUCAGACUGCAUGGCACCGUUUGAGCGCGAGAAGGCUUCUUGCACCUGGGUCGCCCAAGAAGGGCGUGCAUUGCGAAGUGGUGGCGGGCUCUUCCGAAGACCCGGCCCAGGCUCAUGCCGCUUACAGGUUGAAAGUGUGGUUGGGGCUUCUGAGCGACUCACUUGUGGGCGAGAUCAGUUACGAGGAAGGCGACGAGCCCGCUUGCUGCUUCAAGGGAUUUGGACCCCUGGCCGCUGUGAACAUGGUUCCUUUUGGCCCGGCGCUGAGCUCUAUCGCCAGCGAGCACUUUGCUUUUGUGACAGCGGCGGAAGGCGGCUCGGAAGCUCCAGAAGGUUAUGGAGCCGAGGCUGCAGGAGACGAGCACCCCGACGAGGAAGAGUUGUCCUGGGAGGAUCGUUUGACUGGCCUGGAGUCAGGCCUCACCCGAAUGCAACAGAGCAUCGAGCAGCUGCUUUCUGCAGGGAGGGGGAAACCGACCUUGCCUGUCAAAGAAGCACCCCAAGGGGGAGGCGUGGGCCCUAUAAAAGGGAAGGCCGUCCUCCCUGGGCUGGACCCGACAGUCGUGGUGGCUGCUCGCCAGGCGGGCAUCCCCGAGGAGCAACUGCGGCGGAUGAGCGACCUCGCUAUGACAGGUGCUGGGCCGAAAGCCGCGAGGCCUUCGUCUGCGAAGGCGAAGGCGAAGCCGAGGGACGCCCUCGACGAGUCCGAAGAGGAGGCAGAGGAUGUUUCUCCUCCGGAUGGGCCUGCACUGAGCGAUCCGGUGAGCCAAGCUGUUGUCACUAUGAGCAAGAUACUAGCCGGGAUGCAGAAGGACCGCGAGAAAAGCAACGACCUCGAGCACCUCCUGGAUCGGGCAGACGGUGGCGGCGGAGAAGGAGCCGGUGGUCUUGGGGCCACCCGAUCGAAAGCAGCUGCGUACCAGAAGCUCCGAGCGCUCUUACGCAAUGCCCCGGAGCAGAUCUCGGCCUCGAUCGAAGGUUUGAUGUCCGAGGACUUCGCUCAGGUUCAGAGCGGCCCGAGGCAGGAAGCCACUGUAUGUUCCGCUCGAGGCUGGAUCGAGCACCGAUCCCACCUUCAGCAAUAUGCGGGCCCGAUCAGGAAUGCUUGGCUGCUCGGAGGGAUUGUCGACGCGAUCAACUCGGGAUCUCCAGAGCAGGCGAAAGCUAUGGCCUUAUUAGGAAUCGCUGCCCUCGACCAGGCUUCGAUAGAUGGGGGCAACUGGCUCCUAGCUUCAGAGUACUCUCUCGAAAGUGCUCCACCUUUUUCUGCAUUCCAGCCACCUCGCACGCUGGAUCCCCUGGAGGCAAAGCAGACUCGACUGCUGGACCAAAGAUGGGUCAGCCUUUUCAUGAGCAGGCUGAAGGAGCGAGAUGCCUUUCACUCUGCGAAGCGCAACCUUUCCGGCGGAGGAGCUUCGAGCGGCUCGGUCCUGAAUGGAGAUGCACCAAAAGGGGGCCAGCCGGAUCCGCCGCGAAGGCCACCAAGGAAGCCGAAGACGAAAGGCGACGGAAAGGGCGAGGAUGGAGUCCCUCUCUCGCUGGCACGACCCGACAGCCUUCUGCGAAUCCCGCUCCCGUUGAGCUCCUCCCUCUGUGAGAAUACCUAUCCCGGCCAUGAUGCCAGCAUUUUAUCAAGCAGCUCGCCCGUAGGCUUGAGCACACGGCAUGCCACCACGAGCCCAUUGAUAAGGAAUGGGCAAGGGGUUGAUGAAGGUGGUUUGGGUAUAGCUGGAGUCGGGGGCCGUCAGGUUUGUUCCGGAGAGCUGCCUACAGCCCUAGCUGCGGAUGCCGUUUCCGUUGGCAAGAGCAAUCCUCAGCCUGCAUCCGAGGCCCAUAAGCCUUCCCCUCCUGCACUGCUUCAGCCGAGUUCUGCCGACGGCCCCGAGGCCAUGUCUGUGUCGGCUCCUGGAGCCCGGGCCCCCACAGUGGUUUCAAGCGAUCUGUGGAGUCAGUUUUUCGAUGCCCUUAGCCGCUCGGACGGCCCUUUUUCCUCUUUCUUUCAUUCUUUGCGACUGCUACCCGGUGCAGAGCUGGGGCCUACAUCUUCAAAUGAAGGAAAAGCCCGGGACGCCUUGCAGCUAGGGUGCAAUGCUGUUGUGCUGACCCUGAACUGGCUGUACUUGGGCCAACCUAGUUCGUUCGGUCCCAAGGAGAUGGGGCGCUCCGCAUCUAAGUUUGAGGUCCUUGAGGAUCUGCUGCAUGCCUGCCAGGACGAAUGGGCCUCUUUGAGCAGUGGCCCUCUGACUCAGGAAGCUCGGCUGAAGGCUCCGCAACCGACUUAUGCCCGACCUGUCGAGCCCUCUCGCCUGAACUUCCCGGGCCGGCCCUCCUUUGAUCCCGUGCCUUUCCUGGACAAUGCCAAUCGCCAGGUUUACAAGGACCCUUUGCUGUUCGCCAGGCCUCUGGCUCCUGAUGCCUCUUUGCCUAAAGUGAGAGUCCACGCUACCCGGGCCAACGCGAUUAGGUUACUUGAGGUUUUAGAUGCAUCGGGACGUCUGAAGCUAGUGCCUGCAUCUGAGCUCCGCCCUCGGCUCCGAAACGGAGUUUUCGCCUUGGCUAAAGAUGAGGCUCGCGACAGGAUAAUAUUGGACGCUCGAGCGCCUAACUCAGUUGAGGACACUGAGUGCAGGUGGGUCCGUUCACUGGGGACUCUCGAGCAGCUGCAGUUUUUCAUUUUGCCUCCUGAUUGCAAUCUUGAGACGCACACUGAAGAUCUGCGUGAGUUUUAUCACUCGUUUAUCAUCUCGCAUCAACGGUGCCUUCGGAAUUCUCUGGCUGCCGAGUUCAGCUAUGAUCAAGUGAAACACCUGAGCUGCUGCCCCUCUGGAAAGGAAGGCCGCCUGGUCCCUUGCCUAGCCACUAUGGCAAUGGGCGACUGUAAUGCAGUCGCCAUGGGGCAAUGUUCACACCUCGCCUGCAUUCUUCGUUCCACUACCUUGCAGUUGCGAGACUUCGUGUGUUUGCAGCAGCGACCUCCCAGGCCAGGCCAGGUUGCAGCUGGGCUCUUAAUCGAUGAUUUCAUUUUGCUUGAUCCGGUGCCAAAGGUUCCCCGAAGCCCCGCUGCUGCAGAGAGCCCUGAGCGUGCUGAGCCCCCUGGGGUUAGCAUCCUCAAACAGGUCAUCGCUGGGUAUGAAAGUGCAGGUCUGCCCAGGCAUGCAGGCAAAGCCACGUCCCGAUCGUUGGUCGGCGAGUUUUGGGGCGGGCUUCUUGAUGGAGUUGAAGGAAGGCUGAGGCCUCACCCUCGCAGGACCGUGCCCCUUGCAUCCUUUCUGGUCAAAGUUGUAGCGGGUGGCAUCUCCUCGGUUGGAAUGCUGGAGAUCCUUGCCGGGGGACUGGUGUCCGCCAUGCAACUUCGCAGGCGAUUGCUCUGCCUCCUGGAGGAGAUUUACUCGGCACAGCGACAGCUGUCUCGGGAUGUCUUCGUUCCUGUGCAAGGCCCUCUGGCUUCCGAGUUGUUGUGCUGUGCUGCAUUGGUUUGCCAGGCAGACAUUGACAUGAGGGCCCCUGGGGCUCCGGUCGUUCUUUGCACUGACUCUUCCUCGAGCAAGGAAGCUGCUGUUGUUGCCUCGGCCUAUCUGAGAGAGACUGGGGAGCUUGAGGAUGGGGAAGAGAUGCAGAGCGGCGAAAGUUACGACUCCCACCCAUUGUGGGAAACCCUGUGCAGGGCACUUCAGUUUCGUGCUUUGGGCCCUGUCCGCUCCAGGGACCGGAGGGUCCACAUCAACAUCGGCGAGGUGCGAGCCGCGAUCUUCGGAGAAGAGAGGGUUGGCAUGCAACACGGAGCCUGCCGCUACAUCCACCUCCAGGACUCACAAGUCUCCCUAGCCUGCUUCGUCAAAGGACGCUUUGUCGAGUUUGACCGGUUCCUGUCUGAGCAUGGUGUACAUCCUUCACAAGUGACGGGGCUUCCUGAUGAAGCCGAGCUCCUGCCUGAUGGUCCUGUCGACCUUCGCUGCCCCAAAGAGAUGCGAGCCAACCGGAGGAGCCAGGGGCCCGAGAUUUUCGCUAGGCACCUCCUUGGGCUCUCCCACGUGAGGCCAUCCGACGGACUUGCCCUCUUUCGAAAGCUGCCUAAAGAGACUCCGUCUCGGGAGAGCCAACCUCGCGGCCAAGCUUGUUCCUUCGCAGCCGGCGUCUUCGUUCACUCUGUGCAAGUCUUCACUCGGCUGAUUCGAGCUGCUUGCCCUGAGCUUCGUUUUUCGUCGUUCACCGUGAACCAGAACGUCGAAACUCUCCCGCACACAGACAGCCACAAUGCAGACUGGGAGCCAAACUGUAUGCUUGCUCUCAGCUCCUUUAAAAAGGGUGGCAUCUGGACUGAGGUUCAAGAUGGGACGCAGUCGCGGCUCCACAAAGGGCGUCAACGCUUCGGUGAAAUCCUCGACCUGCAUUCGGGGCCUAAGCUGCUGGACCCCAAACGUCUCCAUGCUACUGAGGGCUGGAGGGGAACGAGGGUCGUGCUGAUCGCUUAUACGGUUCGGUCGCUUGAGAAACUUUCUGAAGUGCAACGAGGGACAGCUGAAGCUCUGGGCUUCAAGCUGCCCCAGCCUGAGGGGCCUGGCACCGAGAUUCAGGCUCUUGCUGAGGCCCCGAGGAGUCCUUCGUUUUUGAACGCUGUUCGCCCAGCCGUCCUCCCCAGUGCUGCUGAGCUGAAGUCGAGGGCUUCUGGCUUCGGUCAUCGAUUUGACCCACCCAACUUGUGCGUUGGCUCCCUUCGGGUCGAGCCUGCUCCUCUUCUCCCCUUCUCGCGGAACGCAAGUCUUUCCUCAGCUGUCCUGGAUUUGCUCAACAGCUUUCCUCCUGGUCGCUUUCUCUACGCUUCAGUCUUUCCCGACCUCGCCACUGCCUUCCGCUCCGGUCCGGGCUGGUUGGAUCUCUUUUCGGGCUUCAGGGGCUUCGGAAAGGGGCUUGUAGCUUUAGCGCCAUGUUGGGUCUUGUGCCUCGAUGUCGCGCAUGACUGGAGCGAGAACUUGCUGGGGACCGAGCUGCAAGAUCAGCUCCUCUGGCUGAUUGAGGAAGGAGCCUUCAGGGGCUUCAGUGCGGGGCCACCGAGUGGAAGUUUUUCUUCUGCCGCUGGAAGAGCCUUCAGGACAUCCGAACAUCCACAGGGCCGGCCUGGUCUUUCUGCUGAGUCUUUCGCUAAGGUCCAGACGGAUAACGAUCUGCUGAGUUUUCUGGUUGGACUAGCAGCCUUAGCUACCGAGCUCAAGCUGGUCUACCUCAUUGAGAACCCUCGGAAUUCUUGGAUCUGGAAGCAAGCUGUAUGGGGACUCGAGGACCAAGGCGAUUUUCUGGCUGAUAUGUGUGUCUUCGGAACCCGCUGGAAGAGAGCGACUCGUGUCAGGACCAACGGCUCGCUCAAAGGAAAGAGGAUGCUCUGCGGCUGCAACGCCGCCCACAAAGUUCUCCGCGGAAGGGACAAAACGACAGGUGUCUCGUGGACUAAGCUUUCGGAAGCUUACCCGCGACGCUUCGCGGCUCUGCUUGCAAGCGCCAGUGCCAGCGAUGCGGGUUGGUUAGGAGAACGCAGACCUCUUGACAUUGCUCGCUGCGCUAAGUGCACUGGGGCUCGGAUCGGAGAAGCUACGAAGCCCGGGCCUCGAAAAGCACGAGCUCCCCGGCCGCCUCUGGUGUUGCGCGACAUCCGCCUGGUCGAGCCUGGGGCCGCCCGACUGAGAGCCCAGACGUGGAAGUCCUUUCGCAGCUGGCUGGAAUCGGGAGCAGGAGCAGAUUCUUGGAGCUCGGUGCGACGCUCGCCCGAACUUCUUGUGCAGAUGCUCAUCAUCUUCGGCCAGUUCAUGUACGACAGCGGCGGUUCGUUACAGAAUUUCAGGCAGCUCCUUGCUCAUGCCCAAGUUGAGGUUCCAAAGGCUCGAACCUACAAAGCAUCGAACUCCCAUGCCGGAGCCCAUCAUGCUGGCUAUGUGCGCUCUCGCGCUUUCUUGGAACUGGGAUGCUUGGGCUGCAGUUACUUUGUUCUGUUUUUACGGAGCCUGCAGGAUUGGAGAGAUUCUCAAAGCCGAGAGGCGAGAUUUUCUCACGCCUGA